ACUAUUCCAUGACUUGCAGGGCGACAGGCCGGAUAUGGCAAUAGGAUCUUUAAGAUUGCCUUUCUUAUUUUCUUGCUUCUUCUCACUCUUCAUUGUCGUCUCCAGUGCCCGGCCAGGACUUCCCUCCAGUUCCCGGCCAGGAGACAACCCUUUUUAUGACUGCUCAGAUAUCGGUAACUACACCACCAACAGUACCUACCAAACAAACCUCAGAACCCUCUUAUCCAUCCUACCCUCUCAGCCCAACCAAGAAAAUUUCAGGUUUUGCAAUCUCUCUUUCGGCCAAGUCCCGGAUAAAGUUAAUGUGAUUGCGUUUUGUAGAGGAGAUAUUGCAGCAGAUACCUGUCGAAGCUGUGUCCGUUCCUCUGCACACAAUAUUUCAGAGAUCUGUCCACAGAAAAAGGAGGCAUUUGCAUAUUUGGAUGAUUGUCAGCUGCGAUAUUCUAACAGAACUAUAUUUGGUGUAGUUGAAAAUGAACCUAAUGUAUGUUAUACCAACCCAGAAUUUGUUUCAUCAUCAGAUGGAAUUCAAUUCAAAUCGGAAGUGGAAAGAUUACUCAAAAGACUGAGGAUAAGAGCUGCCUCUGUGGACAGUAAGUUUGCGACAGGAAAAGCAAUUGUGAACUCUCAAACAAUAUAUGCGCUUACCCAGUGCUCUCCUGGCUUGUCCAUGCAGCAAUGCGAUGACUGUCUGGUUACGGCCAUUGGAGAGAUUCAAAAUUGUUGCUUAGGGAAUGUAGGAGGAAGUGUGGUUAGACCCAGCUGCAAUUUCAGGUUUGACCCAUAUAUGUUCUAUACACCUACUGCUGACACACUACCACCGGAAUCAUCCCCACAGCCAGUAUCUCCUCCGCCUAGAGAAGGAAAGGACGAUAAGAAAUCUGCUAAUUUUACUAUCAUCAUUGUCAUUUCAGUGGUUAUUACUACGACAUUAAUAAUUUCCUGUUCCAUCUUUUUAAGAGCAAGGAAACAAAGGGGAAAACCUAACAUUGUGGAUGAAAUUAGACUUGCUGAAUCCUUGCAAUUCGAUUUGGGCAUCAUUAGAAUUGCAACAGAUGAUUUUUCUGAUGUGAACAAGCUUGGACAAGGAGGCUUUGGAGUUGUCUACAAGGGUAGACUUUUCAGUGGACAAGAUAUAGCUGUAAAAAGGUUAUCUAGAGAUUCUGGACAAGGUAAUAGUGAAUUUGAGAAUGAGAUUCUACUAGUAGCCAAACUUCAACAUAGGAAUUUAGUCAGGCUACUAGGUUUCUGCUUGGAAGGAAACGAGAGGCUUCUAAUCUAUGAGUUUGUGCCCAAUGGAAGCCUUGACCAUUUCAUAUUUGAUCCUAUUAAGCGUACGCAAUUCAAUUGGGAAACACGAUACGAAAUUAUAAGAGGCAUUGCUCGAGGUAUUCUUUACCUCCACGAGGAUUCUCAACUCCGAAUUAUUCAUCGUGAUCUCAAAGCCAGCAACAUUUUAUUAGAUGAAGAGAUGAAUCCUAAAAUUUCAGAUUUCGGCAUGGCAAGAUUGUUUGCAAUGGAUCAAACUCAAGGAGAGACAAGUACAAUUGUAGGAACCUACGGAUACAUGGCUCCAGAGUAUGCAAUGCAUGGACAUUUUUCAAUUAAAUCAGACGUCUUUAGCUUUGGUGUAUUAGUCUUAGAGAUCACAAGUGGUCGAAAAAAUGUUUGUUUCCGCAAUGGAAAGCAAGUAGAGAAUCUUAUGAGCUUCGCUUGGAGGAACUGGGAGGAGGGGACAAUAGCAAAUCUCAUAGAUCCCUACUUGAAAGAUGGCUCAGCUAGUAAAAUUCAGAGAUUAAUCCACAUAGGUUUAUUAUGCAUUCAAAAAGAUAUAACCCAGAGACCAACCAUGGCUUCAGUUAUUAUCAUGCUUAAUAGUUCUUCUUGCCAUCUCCAAAUGCCCUCACCACCUGCAUAUCUAGCACCGACCACCACUGACUCAAACAUGGCAAUGAAGAUAAAUUGGAUGGUAAAUACAUCAUCAGGUCAGUGCGGAUCUUUGCAAACGUCAAUUAAUGAUAUUUCAAUUAGCGAGUUAUAUCCUCGCUAAUAUUGCAACACGGAAAACAAUUAAAGGUCCAAAAAAAAAAUCCCACUAAAAUGCAUGUUUCUAGCAUAGUUGAAAUCUUAGUUGAGUUUUGGCCGAAACUGACAUCUCAAAUAUGACACCAUUUGUGUCAGACUCGAUUGUAAACUAGUUAUUUAUUCACGCAAUAUGCAAAUUAUUUAUUAUUUUA